AUGGUGGGCCUGGAUACUGAUUCAUUUAGAGUAGAGGGCGACUACACGACCUUCAUUCAGACUCAUCUCAUUCCACAUCUGACAGGUGCUCAUGGAGGCGAAAGGGCGAGGGCUCUUGCAGCUAGAGAGAUGCAUAGGGAAACAAAGGUGACCAGGGCCCAUAUGUUCAUUCCAAACAUUGGUCAUCCAAAUGCAUUUGCAAGCAUCCAUAGAGUACACAGGGAGCACUCUCGAGCUGAUAGCCACCUUGAUGCGCAUGGUACAGAGGAGGGAGACGCUGCUCGGUCUCUACGGCAUCCUGAUUCCACCUAUACUGAUGGCUCCGGCAGCGACAGCAGCGCCAGCACCGGUAGUACCCCCUCCAGCAGCAGGGAGGAGAGAGAGAGAGAUAGAGGCACUCGAGGCCGGACUAGUCCUCCAGAGCCCAUUUUGAGCGAUGACAAUGCUGAGACAAGUGACUCCGGGGAGGCAGUGAGUCGGCAUUCUAAGUCAUCCGAGAGCAGAGACGAUGGUGCUAGCUCGAGUUUUGAGAGUGGAGAUGUUGCCGAGGAGGGUUCUGGGGCAGAGAGCGGAGACGAUGCCGACUCUAGUUCUGGCUCAGAGACUGACUCAAACAGCGACGUUGAUGGAGAUAGUGCCCCAAAGUCCUCUCCUCCGAGGAAGAGGAUGAAAAGGGCCUCUCAGGAUUGA